UGGCGCCCCUCCUAAUUGGGUAUUAAUGCGUGUGUGAAUUGCCUACUCGCACGGUCUCUAUCGCAGCUUAGCAUAAAUAGGAGCCUCUUCUUCUUCAACGUCCUUGUACUCUCGACUUUUUCCACACCCUUGCAAUGCGCUCUUCAUCACCAACCUGUCUUUAUCUCCUCAUUUUGCCAACCUAGGCGGUGUUCUUGCGCUUCCUGCCUCGUCGCCUACACCCUCUGGCUUGCCUAGGGCUUCUCGCGUUGCGGCUUGUUCCGAUCACGACUGUUCAAGUUCACAACCGACCUGGAGGACAGCCUCAACAUCACGAACCCGGCAGCGGACAACAUGGCUGAACAGUCCAGCAACCGGCGAUGGGACGACCCUCCCGAAGAAGAAGAGCCAACCGCCACGCCUGACACCAAAACCACGCUCACCUUCGUCGACACUUUCACCAUGCGCUCGCCCUACUCCGCCAACGAAAUUAGGCACCUCUGCUUCACGCCGUCCGGCUCGCACCUUCUCGCGGCCGUAGGAAAGGGUGAUGCGAAGCUUGCGUUGGCCCUGUGGUCAGCCGACAAGGGUACGGCGAUGCCUCGAAACAACGCGGCGGUUGGGGGUAAGGCGGGUGGGUUUGCCCUCAUGCCCAUGGCCGGGCCGGGUGCCAUCGUUGCGUGCCCGUACCGGUAAGCAAGCUUGCUGACCCCUGGUAGUAUUCGGGCUUGGAGGUGUGGGACUUUUGCGAUGCUGUGAAGAGCCAGCGGCUGCUCAAGCAAGACGACAUC